AUGAAUGCAGAAAGGAGUCGUACGCGGAGGGAGAGGACCUUUGUUGGGAGUGAAUGUGUCGUUUGUGAGGAGCCAUUGGAGCACACGCUUCGUGGCGAAAGGAUUUUACAGUUUUCGUGUUCUCAUGUGUCUCAUGAAGCAUGUUUCUAUGAAUUCAUACGCGAAUUCGAAUCGCAAUAUUGCCCAUCAUGCAAUGCACCUUUGCAUUUGGACACUAGCCGAGGAGGUAACGUGUUAGACAUCGAAAAGAUAACGAGUAUGGUGCGGUCAGUAUCUAGUGGCGAUAAUAGAUCACUCACCACACCAACUGCCUCGAGGGAGCCUUGGGAAACCCAGGGCGCCCGGCCGCCUAGUGGCGAGUCUAGUAAUAAGAGUAUGCCCGCCCCUCCCAGUAACGGCCGCGAGAGCGCUGCCCAAGGUAGUUUCCGAAAUAGUCGAGAGACAGCCGGUUCGGACCGUUAUGCGGCUGCCCACAGGCAUGGCCGUAGCGAUAGUGAGGCUACGGGUGUUGCCUCUUCGACAGGUUACCCCGAAACGACUCAGAGCGGCCCGCCCCGCCGACAUGAUUACGACGUUCAGGCUAUGGAGGCGACGCCAGGUAGUCCGAGGGCCAUGGCGCGCAAUCCGAUUCCGUCGCCGUCGGUCGUCGUUCGAUCUGAAUUCCCCACCAUAAAUCGAUCACGACAACAGCAGACCUUGACAUGUCUUAUUACGGUGGAAGUCGCCGACAAUAAGUGGAGGCCAGAUCCCGAAGACCUUGGAGUCGUGAACCCGGCACCACAGAUGCGCAUGGAGGAAGCAUUUGCACAAAGGCCGCCAUCGCCGGCGAGGAGCUCGCAGCCACGUUUCUACCCAUAUGAAGCGCCUGAAGUACUGGAGGAGAUGACUGAAAAUCUGCGAAAUCGGGUUGAUAAUUGGCAUGGGCUCGAUUUCAAUAGAUUUGGGAAGCUUCGACUUUAUGGCACUCUGCGAGUCGGCAAAGAUAAAGUCUCAUGGCAGGAACUUGAAUGUUAUCUCUUCGCUGAAAUGCUUAUUUGCGUCAAAGAGAAGAAAAAUCUACCACCUGCCCCACAACAACAAUGGGAUGAAAACGGACUGCCACGGAAAGCGACACGCUGUACCCUGAAGGGUUCCAUCCUUAUUAAGAAACAUCUUAAUGAGGUCACAGAAACUGGUAUGAUCGACGAGAAUGUACUGACACUCAGCCUCUCUGUCGCUGAGCUUCCGCAGUUCCACCUACGUUUUGAUAACCGAAACCAGUUGAAGCUGUGGCAACAGGCUCUCCUUGAUCUUAAUGCUGUUGAGAGUUCUCCAGUCCGGAGCCCAGAUUACGAGCGUCACGAGACAUCAGAAAACGAAGAGGACGAAUGGGGUAGAGGAACUCGACCUCAACGGGUUUCGUCGGUUGCGUCCUCUUUUGGUCCGAAGUCUGUCACAACGGCCCCUACCGAGUACACCAGUCUCGCUAAGAGCCCACUUCUUUCGUCAUUCCACGUGCCUAUUGAUGUUGUAGUGGUGGUGCCCAUCUCAUCUUCGAUGCAAGGUGUCAAGAUAAAUUUAGUUAGGGAUGCUCUGAAAUUCAUGGUUCACACUCUCGGCGAGCGAGACCGUAUGGGCUUAGUCACAUUUGGCUCAGGAGGAGGUGGUGUACCUAUCGUGGGUAUGACUACGAAGGCCUGGCACGGAUGGAACAAUAUCUUAGCGUCGAUCAAACCUGUGGGACAGAAGAGUCACCGAGCAGACGUCGUCGAAGGCGCAAAUGUUGCCAUGGAUCUACUGAUGCAACGCAAGUAUAACAAUCCGAUCGCGACCAUCAUGCUUAUCAGUGACGCUUCGACGUCCGAUGCUGAUAGCGUUGACUUUGUCGUUUCACGAGCGGAAGCUGCCAAGAUUACAAUUCACUCGUUCGGCCUCGGAAUGACUCACAAACCAGAUACCAUGAUAGAACUAUCUUCACGAACUAAGGCAUCGUAUACCUACGUGAAGGACUGGAUGAUGCUACGCGAAUGUCUAGCUGGAUGUUUAGGGUCUAUGCAAUCUUUAUCCCACCAGAACGUGAAACUGAAGCUCAAGCUACCCGAAGGAUCGCCUGCCAGAUUCCAUAAAAUCAGCGGAGCAUUGCAGAUCACCAAGCGUGCUACAGGCCGUGAUGCGGAAGCCUCUUUAGGCGAUCUCAGAUUCGGCGAUAAACGGGACAUUCUGGUUCAACUUGUCAUCGUCCCGGAUAACUCUUCACAAGAGCAGCUACCCCAAGAUCCAUGGGAGACGAUUGUAUCUGGGUUGGAGGCUUUAGGCGGACCGGUAGAACAUGAUGAUCAAAGAGCGGUUUCGGUAGAGGAACUACCUCUCAUACAAGCAGACCUAGUCUGGGGAGACAUACUAAGGGAUGGUACUAUGAUGCACCUACCUAGACCAUCCCUACUUGCCAUCACAAUGCUACCAGCUCCUGGCAAUUCAAAGAAGGCCUCAUCUUGGCAGAAUAACCCGCCAAUCCCCCCUCAUCCGCACAUCGUCCAACGGCGGAUGGAGCUCCUCACCUCUGACAUGCUUACUAGAGCGUUAACUUUAGUAUCACGAGGUCAGCACGAUCGCGCACACACUCUUUUGAACGAGACUCGUUCAAUCUUGAAGGGAUUAGGUAAAGGUGGCCUUCCGCCGGUCCCCUUACCACCGCUACCUAACAGCAAAUCAAACUCGUCUACGCCCCAACCAGGAUCAGAUGCUUCUCCAAUCUCAGCUACGCCAGACCGGAAGCAUACUCCGUCACCGACCGCGUCAGCCCACUCGGGCCUCAAUGGUUUCCCGCCACCGAUAUCUAGGACUCGAUCGAACGACGGCUUGACAUUAGCUAAUGCGAAUGGUAUCGAUGUUGGCACCGUCGCCGCGCUCGAUGCCGAACUUGAGGCUAGUCUUGAGUGGAUUAGCCAUCCCGCGGUCUUUGGUCGUGACAGCCGCAAGGCCGUCCUACAGGCUAUCGGUGUGAUUAGCAGCCAGCGAGCGUUUACGUUCCGAACGCCAGUCGAAAGCCUAUGGGCUGGGCGCGUUAGUGGUGUUAAGAAAUUGACAGACAAGAGCCGUGAAUGGAGAGAAGAAGCGGGCGGCGAGGGGAUCAUCGAAGAGCCGUGA